GUUAAGCGUAUUUUUAAAUCGAUAUUUUGUACAGUUUCUGCAAUUCAAACGUUAUAUAAAUGGAGUAAAGUAAUACAAGUGAUAAUUAAGUGUUGUAAAAAUAACAUUGUCGAAAAAGUAUAACAAAGUUAACUCGCAUUAUCCUUAAAUACUUAUAUUGUUAGGUUAUGUUUUGAUUGCGCACACGUGAAUUUAAUUUUUAAAAAUGUCUGAAGAAGAGAGUAACGUUAACUCGAACACGAAGUACAAGGACGGCGUCAACAGAAACGCCAGGCUGAUCGUCCGGAACAUAUCGUUUAAAGCUACGGAGGAAUCUCUGAAGGAACACUUUGCGUCUUAUGGAACUGUUGAAGAAGUGAAACUGUUGAAAAAACCCGAUGGCAAGCUGGUGGGAUGCGGCUUCGUGCACUUUACACACGUGCCUCAAGCUAAUAAAGCUAUAGUAGCCACAAAUAAGAAGCCUUUUCUUGGUCGACCGAUCUUUGUUUCGUGGGCAGUUUCAAAAGACAAAUACACAGAACAGAGUCAGGGCAAUGAGAAGGGGCCUAAAAAGAGGUUGAACAGCGGAGCAUCAGCAGAUGACAGUAAGGAUGAUGUCCAAGAAAUAAAAUCUGAAGACUCACAAGCAAAGAAGAAUGAACCAAGAAUAAACCGCAAUGCCCGCCUCAUUGUCCGUAACGUCUCCUUCAAGGCCACCGAGGAGUCGCUCCGGGAGCACUUUGAGCCCUACGGCACGAUUCAUGAGGUCAAGCUGCUGAAGAAACCGGACGGGAAGCUGGUGGGCUGUGCGUUUGUGCACUUCAAGAAUGUACCUAUGGCUAAGAAGGCUCUCUUGAAUACUAAUAUGAAGCCUUACUUAGGUCGGCCGAUCUCCGUAGAUUGGGCGGUAGCGAAGGACAAGUACAUGCAGUUUGUGGUGAACAAGCAGACCGAGAUGGAAAACGGGGUAAAGAAGGAGGAGUCGGACAGCGAUGAUGAUGUCAAGCCGCCCAUCAACAUCUCCAACGACGAACUGAAGACGGAGGUCAAAAGCGAGUCUGAUGAAGGCUCCGCAGAGUCUGAUGAUGAGAAGGAUUCAGAAGCCGAUGAUGAGAGUGAUGAAAAAGAAGAUGAUGAUGAUGAUGAGGAUGCCGAGGAUGAAGAGAUGGAUGAUCAGAGUGAGACCAGUACUAUAGCUGAAAGGAAACGAAUACAACUGAACGACGCCGAGGACGGGCGCACUGUGUUCGUAACAAACAUCCCGUUCAGCGUCGACAGCGACCAACUCCGGGCGUUCGUCGAGAACACGGGACCCGUGCAGUACGCUCUAGUCUGUGUCGACAAGCUGACCGAGCACUCUAAAGGCUCUGGCUUCGUCAAGUUUGAGAAAGAAGAGGACGCCAAGACGUUUCUCUCUCUCUCGGCCGAGGCGCUCCGGCUCGAGGGGCAGGCGCUGCAGCCCCGGCCGGCGCUCAAGCGGGAGAGCCUGCAAAAAGCCUCCAAACAGCCCAAGGAUAACCGGAACCUUUACCUGGUUAAAGAGGGAGUGAUUGUGGCGGGCACGAAGGCCGCGGUGGGUGUUUCCGCGUCCGACAUGGCGAAGCGACUCGCGCUCGAGCGCAGCAAGACACAGAUGCUCAAGAACCUGAACAGAUUCGUGUCCCGCUACCGGCUGGUGGUGUCCAACCUGCCGGCCAACACGGAGGACAACCGCCUCCGCCGCAUCUGCACGUCCGCUUCGGGGAAGCAGGCCGUCGUGACCGAGUGCCGCGUCAUGCGAGACCUCAGGGCGCUAGUGGGCAGCGACGGGAAGCAUCCCUCGAAGGGGUACGGGUUCGUGAUGUUCACGCGGCACGAGGACGCGGUCGCCUGCCUGCGCAAGCUGAACAACAACCCCGACAUAUUCGACAAGAACAACAGACCGAUAGUAUCAUUCUCAAUCGAGGACCGAACCGCCCUGAACGCCAGAAAGAAGCGGCUCGAGAAAUCCAUCGCCAACAAUCCUCUAGCGAACCAUGACGACCAACACAAACGGAAAAACAGGAAACGGAAACACCCCUCACAACCAGACGAGAGCUAUAUGAAGAAAGGAAGGUUCGAGAAAAAACCAGGCAAAAAUCAGGAUCAACAGCAAAAACAAAAUGGUUUCAAACGGGGAAAACAAAAUCAAAAUGAGCCUGGAAAGUUCGUUAGAAAACCUCGAGAUGACGAAGAAAUGGAAUACUCGGGUUUAACUGCGAAAGAAGGCGCGCAGCACAAAAUGAGGAGUUUCCAUAAACUAAGGACCCAAGCGGACAUCCAUAGACAACAGGUUAAAAUUGAGAAGAAACGAGGGAAGUCUUGGAAGUUAAAGAUGGCGGCGAAAGAGAGGGUGAAACAGCCGAAACAGAAGAUUAAUAAGAACCCGGAUAAGAAGAGGAGGCGGCCCAAUAGGAACGCUAAAAAUAUUAGAUGAGCUGUGUUAAUAAAUUAUGUUACGUAU